AUAUCCAGAAAUACACUAUGUUGCCAGAAGUAUUGGCCCCGCCCUCCCAAUCAUGUGAUUCAGGUGUUCCAAUCCCCUCCAUGGACACCGGUGUAUACAAUCAAGCCCCUAGGCAUGCAGACUGCUUCUACAAACAUUGGUGAAAGAAUGGGUCGCUCUCAGGAGCUCAGUGACUCCAAGCGUGGUCCCGUGAUAGGUGGCCACCUGGGCAAUAAGUCCAUCCGUGACAUUUCCUGGCUACUAAAUAUUCCACCAACUGUUAGUGGGAUUAUAACAAAGUGGAAGCAACUGGGAACAACAGCCACUCAGCCACCAAGUGGUAGGCCACGUCACAUGACAGGGCGGGGUCAGCGCAUGCUGAAGCGCACAGUGCGCAGAAGUCGCCAACUGUCUGCAGAGUCAAUAGCUAAAGACCUCCAAACUUGGUGUGGCCUUCAGAUGAGCCCAACAACAGUGCGUAGAGAGCUUCAUGGAAUGGGUUUCCAUGGCCGAGCAGCUGCAUCCAAGCCUUCCAUCACCAAGUGCAAUGCAAGGUGUCGGAUGCCGUGGUGUAAAGCACGCUGCCACUGGACUCUA